UUGCUCCCAGGGAUGUCUGGCAGCAGCUACUCUUACAUGUGGUGUACUACUGGGGCUUUUCAACUUUUGAACAAUGGAUGAAAGGGAGAUGCCUUCAUCUUUUCAGGUGCAUCUGUUCAGUGUUAAACAAUGAAAGUUCCAGUCCUUGUUCCUCUGAUGGGUCUCUACAGUGCUUCAUUGUGUCAAGAAGUUUAUUUUAGGAUUUGAAGUGCUGGAAAUACUGUAUACAUGGCAAAGAACAUAAAGUUUCUUCAGGCAUUUUUAAUGUUGUUGCUUCGUGAUUACAUAUCAGCUGAAGAUGGUGAUGCAAGAUCAAGUUGUCGAACUGCCCCAACAGAUCUAGUGUUCAUAUUGGAUGGCUCCUGGAGUGUUGGCCCAGAAAACUUCGAAAUAGUCAAAAGGUGGCUUGUCAAUAUUACAAGUAACUUUGACAUUGGACCAAAGUUCAUUCAAGUUGGAGUAGUUCAGUACAGUGAUUAUCCUGUGCUUGAAAUCCCACUUGGGUCUCAUGAUUCAAAUGAAAACCUAGUCAGAGGAAUGGAAUACAUACAGUACUUGGGUGGAAAUACAAGAACAGGGAAAGCCAUUCAGUUUGCAAUCGAUCACCUAUUUGCCAAAUCCGCAAGGUUCCUUACAAAAAUCGCAGUAGUACUCACCGACGGAAAGUCACAAGAUGACGUCAAAGAAGUGGCAGCUGAAGCAAGAAAAAACAAGAUCACUCUGUUUGCCAUUGGAGUUGGGUCAGAAACUGAAGAGGAUGAACUAAGAGCCAUUGCCAACAAGCCCUCAUCAACAUAUGUGUUCUAUGUUGAAGAUUAUAUUGCAAUAUCCAGAAUAAGAGAAGUCAUAAAGCAGAAACUCUGUGAAGAAUCAGUUUGCCCAACAAGAAUUCCUGUGGCAUCACGAGAUGAAAAAGGAUUUGAUAUACUUCUAGGUUUAGGUGUGAAGAAAAAGGUGAAAAAGAGAAUCCAGAUUCCAUCUACCAGUGCAAAAGCUUAUGAAAUAACCUCGCGUAUUGACUUGUCAGAAUUGACAAGGAAUGUCUUUCCAGAAGGCCUUCCUCCAUCAUAUGUGUUUGUAUCCACUCAGAGGUUUAAAGUCAGAAAAACAUGGGAUUUGUGGAGGAUUUUAAGCCUGGAUGGAAGGCCACAAAUAGCUGUUACUGUAAAUGGAGAAGACAGAACGCUGUCAUUUACUACAACAAGCCUAGUAAAUGAUACACAGGUUGUUACCUUUACUGCACCCCGUGUGAAGACAUUGUUUGAUGAAGGCUGGCAUCAAAUCCGUCUCUUAGUAACAGAAGCAGAUGUUACGUUGUAUAUAGAUGACCAAGAAACUGAAAUAAAGCCAUUGCGUCCUGUUUUAGGGAUCUAUAUCAGUGGAGUAACUCAAAUUGGAAAAUAUUCUGGGAAAGAGGAGACUGUACAGUUUGAUGUCCAAAAGCUAAGGAUCUACUGUGACCCAGAACAAAAUAACCGAGAAACAGCCUGUGAGAUCCCUGGAUUUAAUGGAGAGUGCAUGAAUGGACCAAGUGAUGUAGGAUCUACACCACCUCCUUGUAUAUGCCCUCCAGGAAAACAAGGACCACCAGGUCCCAAAGGGGACCCUGGACAACCUGGGAAUCAUGGCUAUCCUGGAGAACCUGGUCGAGAUGGUAAGCCUGGCUACCAAGGAGUAACAGGGACUCCAGGGAUUCCAGGAUCCCCAGGGAUUCAAGGGCCACGAGGCCUUCCAGGUGUGAAAGGUGAAGUUGGGUCAGAUGGGGCAAAGGGUGAACGUGGACUUCCAGGUUUCCCUGGAUUGCAUGGGAUGCCGGCAUCUAAGGGUGACAGAGGACCUAAAGGAGACCAAGGGCUACCAGGAAUUUAUGGGAAAAAGGGUGCAAAAGGAGAAAGGGGUACAGCAGGGUUUCCAGGAAUGCCUGGGAGGCCUGGAAAUCCCGGGAGCAGCGGGAAAGAUGGCAUACCUGGAAAUCCAGGUUUUAAGGGAGAAGCCGGACAACCAGGUUCUGCAGGACUAGAAGGAAGACGGGGAGAGCCUGGAAUGCCUGGGAUCCCUGGAGUUCAAGGAAUAAAGGGAGAAAAGGGUGAAAUUGGACCACCAGGAAAUGAAGGAACAAAAGGAUCACCAGGGACACCUGGUCUUCCUGGACCUGAAGGAUCAUUGGGUUUACCUGGAGGGCCUGGGCCGAAGGGCGCCAAGGGUGAACAAGGGCCGCAAGGGAAAUCAGGAGUGCCAGGUAUUAAGGGAGAACAAGGGAGACCAGGUACUUCAGGUGAACCAGGCUAUCCCGGGAUACCUGGCACACGGGGUUUGAAGGGAGAUAAAGGAAACAUUGGGGAAAGAGGCAUCCAGGGUCAGAAGGGAGAAAGUGGCAGAUCAGGUACUGCAGGCCAGAAGGGCGACACAGGAUUAACUGGAGCUGAAGGACAGAAAGGCGAGAAAGGAGAUCCUGGUAUAAGUGGCUUCACUGGGCAGAAGGGAGAACCAGGAGUUACUGGUUUGAUUGGCCCACCAGGCCCAAGAGGAGGACAAGGAGAGAGGGGAUCUCCAGGAACUCCAGGGGCAGAUGGAAAACCUGGAAGAGGCUUUUCUGAAGAAUUUAUUCGGCAAGUUUGUGCAGACGUGCUGAGAACCCAGUUGCCUACAAUACUUCAGAAUGGGAGGCUACAACACUGUGAUCAUUGCCAGUCUCGUGGCACGUCCCCAGGGCCUCCUGGUCCACCAGGCCCACCUGGCCAAGAAGGUCCUCGAGGAUUUCCUGGCUUGCCAGGAAAUGAUGGUGUUCCGGGCCUGACAGGAGCUCCUGGGCGUCAUGGAUCUCGUGGACCAAAAGGACUACCAGGAAAAAAUGGAGCUAAAGGAAGCCAAGGAGUUGGGGUCCCUGGGAUGCAAGGACCUCCGGGACCUCCAGGUCCUGAAGGUCCGCCUGGGAUAAGUAAAGAAGGAUAUCGUGGAGAACCUGGGAAGCCAGGUAAAGAUGGAGACCGUGGAAAUCCUGGAAAUCCUGGACAAACUGGACCGCCUGGCAUCUGUGACCCGUCUUUAUGCUUUAGUGUAAUUGUAGGAAGAGAUCCAUUUAGAAAAGGACCAAACUAUUAAUUUGGGGUGUGUUAGUGGCAGACUAGACCUGGUGCUUGUCUUCAACGAUCUUUCAAGUCUCAGGAAGAUGACUGGCAAUAAUCCUCUUUCCCAGAAACUAAAGUACCUCUGAUGUGUAAUGUAAUAUGGUAAAAUAUUCCAUAUUAAAUUUAAGACUCUAAAUAUGUGUUGGGCCUAUGGGCUGAUCAAAUAACAUGCUCCCCCCAUCCCGUUAAGCUUAGUUAUCACUGUACAUUUAAAAACAAUGAAACCACAUAGUUGUCUUUUAUUUAAAUCCCAUUGCUAUCAGUCAUGACUAACUUUAUCAGGAUUGGAGAGUGAAUUUUAACUGAAUGAUACUGUUGAAGUCCAUUGGCAACACUGCUGGAAGCCAGAUUGGGUCCUCGAUGCUUCGUGAUCAGCUGUAUACCACUGUGAAGUAUUUUUUAUCCAGCCAAAUAUGCAGCAUCUGAAUUUUAAUGGAACAUGGCUGGUUUUUAUUUCAUAUGUUUGUCGAUUUCAUCCAUUUGUUUAUGUUUCAUAUUUUUCUGGUUAACAGUUUUCUUUUGAAUCCAAGUCUUUUUUAAUAUAUAAAAACAAACAAACCCUCACGUUGUUCUCAAAACAACCAUGCAACUAUCUAAUUAUACAUUUCCAUCUACAAGUAAAGAAACUUCUAGAGGCACCUUAAAAAACUUAAAAAUGCAUUUUUUUUAUAUAAAAAGGUUUCUAAUUAUAUUCUGGCCAAGAUUUUUUUUUUAUCAUACUGUUGCACAACCAAGCUUAACCAUAUUUAA